UCAGCUGAAUGUUGGCGUUCGAAGAGCUUACUUACACGUCACUCUUUUGCUACGAUCAAAUUUCAUAGCGUGCUUUUGGGGGAAUCCAAGAAAAUGAGGACUUGCUUCAUUUGCUUUGGCUUGACAAUAUUCUGCUCAAUUAUCUCGAUUGCCGUGACUGAUACUACCAAUGCAAAUGGGUUUGCCCUUGGGACCCAAUAUAUCUAUAAAUAUGCCACUCAUACCGAGGUGAAUGCGAAGAAAAUUGGCCAGGAACGCCAAUGCUCCGCUCAGAACAACUUUGAGCCCGCGGGUCGGGAACUCGCCUUAGGAGUUCGGGCCAAUGUCCUGGUUGCUCCAAUAUGGCAAGAUCCAGUCAACCCUCAAACCAAACUUAUUCAAUGCCAGAUAUCCAAUCCCAUGGCCAACAUCACCAAGGCCAGCUCUACUUUUGACCUCUCAAAUACCCUCUCAAGUACCUUUUACAUCCAAAUCUCAUACGGAAAGAUCCAAGGCUUCUACACCUCACGUGACACCCCCGUGAAUUCCAUGAAUUUUCAACGGGGCGUGGCAUCACUCUUCCAGUAUCAAACAGGACAUUGGCAAGGGUCCGAGCAAGAUGCCUCCGGAAAUUGUCAAGUCAAGUACAUACCCGAUCGUCAUGGAGUGCAUAAGGCCAAAUCGGGCUGUUCAUCGCCCACUGGACGAGAUUUGGCUCGGGAAGAGACGAUACUGGAUGUGAGUACGGAUUCAUUCUCGAGACUCCACUACAAACUCCAAGAUGACCUCGUGGAGUCUUGUGAGGCCAAGGAAGUCUACGUCAGUGAAGUGAGCUCUCUCAGAGAGAUUGGCAUCAUCGUCCAAUCCUCCCAACAUCUCCAUCUCGAAGAACAACUUGAUAGCCCACAACAGAUCAUCCAAGCUGCAAAUGUAAAAGAUGCAAUCGUCUUGGUGCAAAACGGUGGACCAAAAUUAAUUCCGAUGCCCCUCAGUAGUGAGCUUGAGCCUGUGCCACCCAAAGACAUCAAGUUCAAGAAUCUCUUGUCAAUGUUCAAACGAUCUUUGAAGUCUGAUGCUUUAGCCAAAGAAUCUGCAGCUAUGGCCUUCCUGCGCAUCCUACCUGUGAUAGAAUCACUCCCAAGAACUGAACUGAUUUCCACUCUGAGUGACAAAUCCUGGAAGGACAUCAUGCCUCAAAUGAUGGACCUUUUGGGAGCAAGUGGUUCUCAGGAAGCAUAUGAAGCUGCUAAGGAGCUUGCUGCUGGAAACUUGGAACUGUUGGAGCGCUAUUUUUGGUCUGUUGGCCAAGUCACGAAACCUCGAGAGUCUUUUGUGAAAGACGUUUUGAAGUACACUCAACAAACUAAGGAAUCGAAGCAAGUCCUAAAAGAGACCCUCAUUCUCACGUUGGGAACAUUGGCUCGAAGAAUUCCAGGAACAGAGGUGGCUGAUGAGGUCUUCCAAUGGAUUGCCAAGUCCAUGAAGACUUGCAAAAGUGAGCCUUGUUAUUUGCAAUUCACCCGAGCCUUGAAGAAUCUCCGGUCCUCCAAAUGCAUCCCUAUCUUGCUGGAUCUUCUUCACUCCGGAAACACCAAGAUCACCAUAGAAGCUGUGAAGGUCUUGAAAGUGAUGCCAGUGUCACUGAUGGACCAAAGGGUCAAAACCACUCUGCUGACUCUGUACCAAGACCCUCGAGCAGAUUCCAUAAUUCGAACCACAAGUGCAGAAGUCCUAUUGCAAAUGAAACCAGGGGUCAACCUCUUCCGUGAAAUUUUAAGCGGGUUAGACACAAAUGGCUCUGAUGAGAGAUCCUUGUACAUCACCAACCGGUUACUGGAAUACGCCACGAGUGAUCCUUACUUGGCCCAACUGAUCCUGGAUCAUGUUAACAACCAAAAGAUCAAUUGGAACCUUCUCUCCAAUGGAGGCAUGUCGUCAACAUUUAGUAGAACAUUGGCUUCCACCUUAUCUGGAAACGCCACAUUCUCUUACGGAAUGGAAAUUGCCAAAAAGUUGUUGAAGCGGAGCAAUUUCGAGGUCACCUUAAGGAAUGACAAGGAACAAGCCAAACUCUUGCAGUUGGACAUAUUUGCGGGCGGGCUCUCAAGUUUCAUGGACUCUGCCAAUUCUGAUGACGAGGGAGCGGCCACUGCUGGCAUGGAGUUAACCAUUCUUGGGAACUCCCUCCGGCCCUUUGUGUUCUUCGAGUCCAUGAGUGAUCUGAUCAGUUUAUAUUGGUCGGGAAAGGCUGAAGAGAAGACCUCGGCCUUAAAGGGAUCCCAACUUCUUCAUAACAAUGCCAGAUUAGUACACCUUGGCAAUGGGCUGGUUCUUGACACGAAGACUCAGAGUUGUUUAUCCUACGAUUUCUCUGGACAAGCCAAAAUAUCGAUGUGGGACAAAACUUGUCAGGCAGUCGUGGAGAACUCUGCUGCCCUUGUUCUCUCCAGUGAGGCCAAUAUCAUGGCACCUUGGUCUCAAUCCAAAGAUUCGAAGAUGUCCAUCAAACACGAGGUGACCAGUCAUGCCAAGCUGAAUCUAGAGGCUGAGAUUGAUGUUGGUUCAGAGGACCCUCAAUUGUGCAUCCGGAUGCAGGUCCCUCGUUUUCCGGUGAGGUAUGCGACCACCAAAUGGCAUACCAAUGGUCCUACAGUCAUCGGUGGUUGGAAACCAGUGAAAAGAACCCAAACAUACGAGGUUGCGUCGCCUGGAAAAACUUUGUUCCUGAAUUGGAAGAAUUGUGAGCUGUGCACCAAGAUGUACCCUAAACGAACCAAGUGAAGAUUGAUUUGUGAUUGUUGGUCUGUGUACCGGAAAAGCUUCUGUGUCAACGUUAUUCGUGCAUUUUUUUGGGUGUAAAGUGCAAUAAAGCAAAUCAAAUUGGCUUUUGAAACUAUAGAA